UAGAAUCGCUAGGUCCAACAGAAGGUUCUCAAAGAUGCUAGAGAAAAGUGGAAAGUUCAUUGAAAAACAAGAAAGUUCGUCAACGAGACCAGAUCGAGGAGACAAAUAACUACUAGAAUUCGCGAGAAAACACUUGAAGAAUCCUCCAAGAACCUAUAAAUACACAAAUCAUUCUUUCUUUCCAAACCAAUCUGAAGUCGCAAGUUGUAAGCUUUCCCAACAAACAACAACUUCUAAGGUUUUCUCUUUACAGUAUUUAGUAACUAAGAUGUCGCUGAUUCCAAGCUUCUUUGGUAGCCGUCGAAGCAACAUCUUGGAUCCAUUUUCGCUCGAGAUUUGGGACCCAUUUAAGGAUUUCCCGUUCUCAUCUGAAUCUCAGUUUGCAAAAGAAACUUCUGCCUUGGUUGACACUCGCGUGGAUUGGAAGGAGACCCCAGAAGCCCAUGUGUUCAAAGCUGAUCUUCCUGGGCUCAACAAAGAGGAGGUGACGGUUGAAGUUGAAGAUGACACAGUGCUGCAAAUAAGCGGAGAGAGGAAGGUGGAGAAGGAAGAGAAGAAAGACACGUGGCAUAGAGUGGAGCGCAGCAGCGGUAAAUUCUUGAGGAGGUUUAGGCUUCCUGAGAAUGCAAAGAUGGAUCAGAUUAAGGCUUCAAUGGAAAAUGGUGUUCUCACUGUGACGGUUCCUAAGGUGGAGGUGAAGAAGCCUGAUGUCAAGUCCAUUGAGAUUUCUGGCUAAAUUGUGAUUUUGGUAUCUAUAUUGCGAUAGUAAUUAAUAUAUAAGCAUAUGCCUUAGUCUGUGAUUGCAGAAGAUUUCAAAAAUAAAAAUUUUGAUUGCUGAAAAUAAAUAGUCGUAGUUCUGGGAAGGUGUUUAGUUUUAUGUUUGUUUGAUAAUUGUCAUGAUGUGUCCCUGACUACCUGUCCGGGGAGUAUGUAAACGCUUUGGUUUGUUUUGAGAGUUCUAAAGAAUGUAAAAACAGAUUAUUUAAAA